CUUUUGGGGAUUUCACGUUCAUUUCCAGAUUGAACCGAUUCAGGAUUUUCUAGUCCCGCCGCCGCCGUGGUGUCAAUGCCGCCGUCCCCUGCUGCCAUUUCAGUUUCUACCGCUACCUUUUUAGACAGAAGAGAAACGUAUUGAUCGUGUAGCUGAUUUUGUUAAGAAACUGAUUGAAGUCGGAAACAAUGUCGUUCAUGAAAGGAGAUUUGUUGUCAAAAACUCGUAAACUUGUUAAAGGGUUUGCUAAAACGGAGCCUGUUUGGCUUAGGUCCAUGGAAAAGGCUCCGCCUGCUACGUUUCCUCAUGCACAGAACAAGCUUAGGCAAAUAACCCUCCCCGAGGAUACUUACGUGAACAAGUUCUACCAGAAGCAUCCGGAUUCGAAAUUUGAAGAUCCAAUCAAGGUUUCUAGCUUUGAUCCUCCUGCAGCUCGUGAAUUUGCUUGGAGAGUGCUCGAGUUGAAGGAGCAGGGAGUUGAUGAGAUCGAUGCCAUGGCUGUUGCUGAUACCGAGUAUCGGGCUGAAAGAAAAGCCAGAAAGCAGGCCUACGCUCGGCUGAAGCAAAUCUCAAAGCUUCAGGGAAAGAGACUGCCUCCAAACCCCUGCCCAAGUGCUGUCAAGGAGAUUCAAGCAGAAGAAAGAAAGCUUAUCAAGGACCGGUUCUUCAACCCCCAGUCGCGCAAAAUUGUGGAACGACUUAAAGAGGAGAGAGAUGCAAUGUUGAUGGACAGAAGGUGAGCCUUUUCUGGGUUAUGAUGUUGCUACACCAUUCCAAUGCUAGCAGUAAGCAGUUAUCAUCAGUAAAUUCCUGUUUUAGUUCAUCCCUUCGCCUCGUCUCGAAGGCCCAGAAUUUCUUCAAAGUUCACUACUAUGAAGAUCAUGCUACCAUUAUUGAAAAAGUGGAUUAUUUUGCUUCCAUUUGCUAUAAAAAUUUGUUUUGGGUUUUCCUUGGAUCUGUUGCCUAGUAACUAAGAUUUUAUUUUGUUUGUAUUAUUUCCCACUUAUUUACUGCUGAGUUUAUGGGGAUUUAUGAUCUAAGAAUUA